UCUCACGCAACAACUGCUGUUGAUAGCUAAAUAGUUUUAUAUUUGAAUAAUAUAUAACGUGUACCUUUAUAUAUUAUGUCAACAAACACUUAUGAUUCAUACUAUAUGUUCCCUAGUCAUAAAAAAAAAAAAACAAACCGUGAAACUAGAGUCUAGGGCGCAAGUCUCUGCUGAACCUUCUCCAGGUGGAGGAGGUCUUGGGCGUCGUGGAAGUCACGCAAAGCUUACAAAAGGUUUGGGGAACCCAGUAUUACAUCCGCGUCCAAUCAGUCAGUCUACAAAAUGAAUUUCCCCACUAUAGUCAUCAUAGUGUGCCUCCAAGAAUUUCUGUUUCUUUCAAGUAUUGCUAUAACUAGUUCACAAAGAACAAAUGCUCGACAAGGAGUCACUAGGAUGUCACCAACUGUUACGAUUCCUGGACAAGGAACAAUUAUUGGAAAAGAAAUUCUUUUCGCAAGACCGCAAAAAGUAACAGCAUAUCUUGGAAUUCCUUAUGCUCUUCCUCCAGUAGGACCAAGACGAUUUGCUCCACCAGUAACAGAUCCCUUAGAGUCAUGGGAGGACCAGAAAAAUGCUACCAAAUUUGCUCCUUCUUGUUUACAAGCCGUUGGAAUGAUAAAGUAUCAUGAGAAACUAUACAGAAAUCUUCUUCCAAGAAAUAUGGAAGAUCCUGGAGUAGAUGAAGACUGCCUUUACCUAAAUAUAUUUAUACCUGAUGCUGUAGAACAAUCACCAAAGGAGGGCUGGCCUGUUAUGGUUUGGUUCCAUGGUGGAGACUUUAACACCGGUACUCCAGCUAUUUGGGACGCCACUACUUUUGUUAAUAAGAAAGAGAUUCUAGUCGUCACGGUAGCAUAUCGCCUGAAUAUCUUUGGAUUUUUUACAACAGCUGAUGCAGAAGCGCCAGGAAAUUAUGGAAUGCUUGACCAAGUUGCGGCUUUGGAUUGGAUUCAAAAGAACAUCGAGCUUUUUGGUGGAUCUCCAAGUAAUGUAGUGAUUGCUGGACAUAAUGCUGGAGCAAUUAGUGUAGGAUUACACAUCGUAAGUCCACUAAGCAAAGGGAAGUUUGCCAAAGCCAUGGCCAUGAGUGGAGAUCCUAUAGAAACAGUGAGAACACCUGAAAUGGAGUUGACUGUGUUGAAAGAAAUUGCUAGUAUCUUUGAUCACUGCAAUUUUAAACCUACAUCAGCAUUUAUAGAAUGUCUUCGAAGUGUACCUGCUCAUAUUUUACUUAACCGGACAGCACACAUUGAAUCUUGGGGUCCAAUCGUCGAUCUCGACACCAAUAAUUCAUCAGCUCCAUUCCUACCGAAGCAUCCACGAUUUAUUUUAGAAGACGAAGACUUUAAUGCCGUGCCUCUGAUGACUGGAUAUACCAGCCACGAACUAUCUUUAGCUUAUAUAGAAGAAAAUUCUAAUGAUGAUGGAACAUUAACAAUAGAUAAAUUUGAAAGUAAAAUCACAGAUGAAAUUUUGGCUUCUAUCAAUAUUCCCUUUGAUAAUACUAGCAACUGUGAGCCUAAGCCUAAUAUGGUUGCUGAAGCAGUGUUAUUUUUUUACAGACCUUAUCCACCAUCAGAUGAUCCAAUGCUUUUAAGAAAUAAAUAUUUAGCUUUACAAACAGAAAAAAACUAUGCAUCAAGUAUAAUUUUUUUUGCUUCUAAAGUCUCCAAGAAAGCAAAAGUAUUUGUUUAUCGGUUUGAUUAUAGAUCUACUACUCCAUAUGUAGUUAAAGAUGUUCCAGAGUGGGCGGGUGUUCCUCACAUGUUUGAGCUUCCUUUUGUCUGGGGUUUGCCAAAUAUGCUUGGUAGUAAAAUGGGUUGGAGUGUCAGUGAUAGAAAUCUUGCUGAUGCUAUGAUGACAAUGAUUGAAAGUUUUAUUAGAACUGGGCAUCCAUCGUUGAAUAGUAUAAAAUGGGAUCCAUUUACUGAAAAAUUACCAGGUCUUCUUACUAUUAAUAGAACAUUCAGUAACAGCGAUGUUAAUGCUAUUGAUCAUAGAAUGCUCGCAUUCUGGAAUGAUUAUUAUCCACGUCUAAUCGUAGAAUCUCUGGAUAAUUGUUGUAAUAGUACAAGUGCCGCUGUGACAUAUCUAAAUAUAAAUUGGAAACUGUCUAUUACUUCUAAUGUGAUUGUUAUAGCAAUAAUAAAUUUAUUUCAUGUCUAAAAAUGAUUAUGUAGAUUAAUUUAAUUGAAUAAAAAAUAAAGAAAUUUAAUUUUUUCAAGAUAUGCUAAAUAUUAAUUGUCAAACUAUUGCAAGUUGUGUAAUUAUUGUUGAUGUAGAAUUAAACUUAUGAUGGUUAAACUAUUUAAUCUUAA